AUGGUCCAUCUUUGCACUUUUACUACUCUAGCAUAUUUGUCACAAGUUGCCUUUCUGGGUGGCAAUGCGCAGACCAACAGUUCCCAGCUUAUGAACAUUAUCCCAAAGCGCGAAGUUCUCUAUGACAAUGCAACCAAUUCCACCUCAGUGGCUAUGAUCGGCCAGAUCUACGUCGAGAAGCUUUCUCCUAACCCAGCCCCGAAAAACCCACCACUGCCCAUAAUCUUCAUGGCAGGCGCGGGGCAAACUGGAACCAAUUUUCUAGAUACUCCAGACGGACGACCAGGAUGGGCAUCGUAUUUUCUCUCCAAAGGUCACACAGUAUAUCUCUCAGAUCAGCCUGCACGUGGUCGCUCCUUUUGGUUUCCAGGACAGGGGACGAUUGGGUCUCUUGGGCCCCCCAAUGGCGUCUCUGACCUCUUCACUGAUGUAGCACACAAUGGUGAUCAAUGGCCACAGAUGCAAUUUCAAAUUGACCGCUUCAUUAGCGAAGAGCAAAAUGCGCAGGCAUAUUCAGCUCUCGUUGAUAUCGUAGGCGACUGUUACAUUAUCAGUCACUCACAAGCGGGUCCAUACGGUUGGAGGGUCGGAGACAUGCGCUCUGACCUUGUUAAGGGCAUCGUUCAGCUCGAGCCGGCCGGUCCCCCAUUCACGUUUCGCCCGCCACUUGGAAGUGGUCCAGCUUUCGCCUUUGGCCUUACCGACCUCGCCAUUGCGUACGAGCCAUCUGCUGGCGAGAAUGCCGAAGAUAUUGAGACAAUUGUUGAGCCGGCUAUCGAUGCUGAGCACUACGAGUGCAUCAUGCAGAAGUCCCCAGCGAAGCAGCUGACAAAUCUUGGGAAGAUUCCGGAACUGGUGGUCGAGGGUGAAGCGUCCUUUAAUGCACCACACGGUUAUUGCACUGUCAAGUAUUUGGAGCAAGCUGGCGUGGAUGUGGAGUACGCGGAUCUAGGCAAGGAGGGCAUUCAUGGCAACGGACACAUGCUCUUCAUGGAGAAGAACAACCUUGAGAUCGCAGAUCGAGUAUACCGGUGGUUGGAAAAGCACCGAUAG